GUGCGCAUGAUGCGCACUGAAGUCGGGGAGGUCAGCAACAGAGGAGCAUGGGCAGAUCCUAACCUUGCCACUCCCGAAAUCAUGGAGCUAUACAAAGCUCAGCUGCGGAUGCAGGGCUGGGAUGCAGCUAUCAUGGAAGUGACGAGAGCUCCAAAGCUUGGGCGUUUGAAAAUGCAGCAGUACUUGCAAAAGGCGGAGCAGCUGCCAACACUAGUUGUCACGGGGCAAGAGGACAGGAUAUCCACACCUCAUGCCACAUCAAAUCUGGCAGCUGCCCUGCCAACCAGCAGAUGUGUAGUGUUGCAAGCUGUCGGACACCUGAGCCAUGAAGAGAGGCCAGAAUCUCUCAUCAGCUGCGUAUCAGCUUUUUGCAUAGAGGUGCUCAAGUCAGCGGAGAGAGCUGACACUUGACAAGAGGCUUUUCACUUCAACAUGCAAAUACAAAGACCAAACAUGCAAGAGCAAACACGAGAGAUUUAGGGUGAGUCUGCCAUAUAUAUGAGUAUGACCCUGCUUCAAAUUUGUAUAGGACCUUGGUCAGCUUCCCUGCAGGAGGGUGGGUCCACCUGUGACACAGGCAGUGGCGGCGCAAAUUGCGUGCCAACAUCAAACUGUUCAUUUUAAAUCAAAUUGUCAUG